AUGUCGAUUGAUAGUAGAGAUGUUGGCGGCUGGUGGUCAGCCUUCGUCAAAGGUGGUUUCAAUUGGCGUUGGCUCGAUAGUCCAAGGCUGUUUUAUCGACCGAAACUCCGAUACAGCACACAAGGGAAGUAUAUCACUUUUGACGGCAUGGGGAGAGAGAGAUUGCAGGAUGAAUUAUUUGACGCGACAAUCGACCCCGAGACAGCGGAAUACGUAGAGUUGUAUGUUCAAGCUCCAGCGGAUCUCUGUCUCCUCCCAAACGCAACGUGGAAGAGAACCGUCAUCCGAAACGUGGCCCCACUUUUCGUUCGAUGCGCAAACAUUCCUUUUAGUUAUGUUCCUGAGGAUAGGAGGUAUAGCUUCUCAAGCUAUAAACCUGAAGAUUGGGCGGCUGUGGCAUUCAUGUGGAUCCCAUCCAUGCUUCUUCUACAACUUACCCCAGCUGGGAAGAAUUCCUUGAUGUAUGUGCCUUUACUUUACGGUGGAUAUCGGUACCCGCGUCUUGCAAGACACUACAGCGAAAACAGACGAGAACUUGCGGUGCGGCGCGAGUACGAUCCGUCUUGGGCAUCUUCCACCAUUGGUACCUACAGGACUUUACGUCCAAGGCGUCUAUGUCAUCUUAAUUUUGAGCUGCAAGUCGACGAAGAAGGCAAUUGCCAGGAAGCUGUUGUAGGGUAUAAUCUUCGGUUUUUGGGACCAGACGACAAUACACCGUACGUAUUUGUAGCCUACACAACUGCACAAUUCAACAUUCGCGAGGGAACCAACGACUACGAAAUGCUCAUGGCCCUUGCCCUCACUGCAACCGGAGAAUAUAUCAAGUCUAUCCAAGGCGCGCACCACAAGCCAAGGGCCAUCUGGAUGGCUCAUUCAUGUACUCCAAUCGACAAAUAUCUUGCUGAUGAUGGGACGGAAUGUUGGAUUGACGCGAACACUCCGCGAGGCAGGGUCCUCCAGGAAAAGCUCAUGAAUGAUGAUACUUACAGUAUCAGCGACGUACUUCGGGGAGCGGAGCGUGUAAUCAUUAUCGCUGGCAAUCCACUGAGGCCAAGUUCGAAAGACCCACUCAAAGAAUGGGGCGAGAGAGUGUGGACACUUCCCGAAAUUCUCCUCGCCAAGGGAGACAGUGUCAGCGUUUACUACUCCCUGCAUGAUGGCGGCAAAAUUGAAUCAAUUUCGAAAUCGAUGCUUCCAAGCCUCGCCUGGGAGGAUUCUGCCCAAUCGCGGCAACUUAUCGACCAUUUUACCAAUCUUCACCUUAGCCGCCUGGAACUGAUGAAAAUCACGGUCGAGUGUCUGAUGAGCCGGAACCUAAAAUCUCUGUAUGCCGGUGACCGGACUUACGCUCUUAUGGGCCUGCUUCGUAUCAGGCCUCCUAUAGAUACUACCGACACUUCCUUCCAGGCCUUUGCUAGGCUGUCUCUGCCUCAAGACAAUGAUAGGCUGAUGGAACGGCUAAUAUGCUUGCUGCCAAAUGACCUGUCGGAAAGCUGGGAACUGAUGACAGAUCAAUACCGAUGCAGUCUUUGGGAUAUCGAACCUGACACACAAGUCUGUGGGGUUGGCGAAAACGACAGUGUCAUCAUAAGCGGUGCAAAAGGGGCAUUAAUACAAUGGGAAAUGUUCAGCCCCGUUGAGACGAUUCAAAGGCAAACAAUGAAACGGAUGGUCUUUUUACUAAUCGUCAUAUACUCACCAUUUCUGUUUUACACUUCAAUUGGUUUGAUCAGCGCAAGCAACAAAACUGCUGGAGGGAUUCUUCUAGCUAUAACCUUGAUAUUCCUCAUGUUGCCAUCACCAUACUACAUUUGGAAGAUCAACGGCGGCAAGAUUCACGCCUCAGAGCCAUGUUUCUUUGGCGUUGAGGGUUAUCUACCCAUUAGCAUCAUUGAAGAAAGAAUCUUCGGCAUGUGUUUGAACCGUCUGCAAUGGAGUCCGUAUGGAUCUCCACUGUCACGGCACAUAGAAGGGACACCCACCAACGAGCGCCACAUACAGUACUCAGAUUCGGCAUCGGGCUCACAGAUUCUUCCAAAGCAGGCGGGUACGAUUAAGACUUACCCAGUCAUUCCCAUCGAUCCGACAAGCCGAUGUGUACAUUGCGCAGGCCAGCCAAACUGCAACUAUCACGAGACGGUGGCCUCGAUCCGGGAGAAGAGCCGUAGCCAUAUGGGCCGCCAAAAGGUUUUUACUCUGGUGGAUACGUUCAACAUGACAGUCAUGCUAUUCUCUGCAGAACGGCCACCAAUCGGCUUGAUUGUCGGAGGUUCUGAAGGCGGCAUGAAGCGAGCCAUCGCAUGUUCGUUGGACUUGGCUACAGGAGCGCUCUACCGGGAGACGGUCAUUCGCAUUCCAACCAGAUGUGCCGAGAGGAUGGAUGCUUUGGGUCGUGUUCGGCUUGGCCUCAGGAGACCGUUCCUCGAAAGUGACGUUACUUUGGGUUAUAAGAAGCCCAACCAUCAUCCUCCAUCACGUGGGAGCUUUGAGCUUAACAUGCACGGACAGAAUGUGCAAUCUGAACAUUCAAUAUAUGGUAGCAACCAGCAGCUACACCCACGGCCCCCAUCACCGCCACGGUAA